UUUCAAGCAAUAAAAUUCAAUACUAGUCACCCAAAAAUUCAAUCACAUAAAGAAGCUCCAAACUGCCCCCUAACCAUCUAACUACUCAUGCAUUGUAAAUAAAAUAAAUACAUAAACAUAAAAGUGCAAAAAUAAAACUAAAGACUAAAACAUAAAUUUAAAUAAAGUAAUAAGUGUAAAAUACCCCUAAAAGAUGAGAAGCAAUCCAUUGAAGUGCAAGUAGAAAACUUGAAUCUUGGAGAUAAAUCUCUACAAAUCUACACUAAAAUCUAGAGAGCUAAAAUGCAAAACCCUAACUAAAAUGUGAAAACUAUCUAAAAUGUGUCUAGAGGGGCUUCCUUCCAAACUGAUCAGCAAGGCUUGUAUUUAGUCUUAAAAUCGGGCUGAGCAAAAGACUACUAAGGGCAGCAUUUUCCAGAAAUUAAAAAAAGGCUAGCGGGGGCAUGUCUGUCAUUUCGUCUAAAAUCAGACGAGGGAUUGAGGGCAGCAGCUGGACAACCUUUCCUCUCCUUCGUAGUUCUUACGCAGCAGCAGAUCUCCCUGGUCUUCAUCUUCACACAAGCAGCACUCCAGGGUUGCAAUCGUCGGUCUCAGAUCCGGAUUCUAGGCUCGCCGGCGAUAGGUCAGUUGGAAAAGAUGGUUCGCAGAUCUUGUUUCUUCAUCGUAGAUCUCCGGUGCUGAUAUCUCUCCCCUUCUCUGUUAAUCUGGGGCGGACGGAUUCCGGCGUGGCUAGGAGGCGGUGUAGGCUCGGACUCCGGAGACUGGGGCUGUUACUCUUCCUCUCUGACUUGCCGCUAAAUUUCCAGCGGAUUGCUCGCGGCGAUAGUUCCCUGCUUGUUGCUGCCUGAUUUGAGAAAUUGACCGGAAGGGAUUGACUAGUUUGACUCCGGAUUGACUUUUGUAUUCUCGGUCUUCCACUUAUGCCUCGGGAUGCUAAAAGAUGUCUAAAACCCGU